AUGGCUGACCUUAGUGUCAACAUCCCUCACCUCGUCCAGACGGAUGGAUCGAAACAACUCGUUGUGAAGGGAGAACCUUUUCUCAUGAGAGUCGGUGAACUUCAAAAUUCCUCAUUAUCGUCCCCUGAGUACAUGGAAACCGUUUGGAAGGAAAUGGCCGAUACGAAUAUCAACACCUUGCUCGGUAGCGUAUCCUGGGAGAUGAUCGAGCCCGAAGAGGACAAGUUCGACUUCUCGGUGCUCGACGAAAUCAUUAACUCGACACGGAAGCAUUCCAUGCACCUAGUUUUGCUUUGGUUUGGGUCAUUCAAGAACGGACUGUCGACAUAUACACCGACUUGGGUAAAGACAGAUGACAAGAGAUUCCCGCGAGUAAAGCUUCGCAAGGCAGGAGAUCGUCUCGAAACAGGCGACGUUCUGUCAAGUUUCAGUGCCGAGAGCCGCAAAGCAGACGCCAAGGCCUUUGGCGGACUAAUGGAACACUUGAGAGAGGUGGACGAGUCACACUCCACUGUUCUAAUGGUACAAGUCGAGAACGAGUGCGGUGUGCUGGGAGAUUCUCGCGACGGCUCAGAGCUCGCAAAUAAAGCCUUUCAUGAAUCGGUCCCAAGGGACCUCGUUCACCUCCUGUCCGCGGAGUGGGAUCAGCUACACCAAGAUAUGCGAGAACAGAACCUCACGCGAUUUGAUCACCAAAGUCCACACCUCGAUGGAAACGGCGAUUGGGAAUCUGUGUUUGGGAGCAGCCCCCGGACUGAUGAGUUAUUCAUGGCGUACAAUUACGCCCUUUACCUGAACGAAGUUGCCGCGGCCGGGAAGGCGGCUUAUCCCAUCCCACUUUACACCAACGUAUGGAUGAAAUACGUCGGCGAAGACUCGGACAAUGACUUUCCCGUUGUGGUGGGCGGCGGCGGCAUGCCGGGGGACUAUCCCUCCGGAGGCCCCGUGAGCAAUGUCUUGGACGUAUGGAUGCGCUUCGCGCCGAAGCUGGACUUCAUCGGGCCGGAUGUCUAUCUCAAUGACUACGCCAGCUCUUGCGCCAAGUACAGGCAUCGAAACCAGCCUCUGUUCAUUCCGGAGCAACGACGAGAUGACUACGAUACCAUCGCGCCGGAGGAUAGCCCUUUCACCAAGCAUUAUGGUCUGCUGAAAACCGUUUCGCCCAUCGUUCUUGAAGCACAAAGAGACCCAAACACAUCGGUGGGCUUCUGCUUCGAUGAGGUUCCGGCAGAUAGCGCCGGAAAAGACCCGAGCCCCGUCAUCCGUCGCACCUGGGGAGACUUUGAGAUCGCCAUAGAGCGGUGCUUCGUGUUCGGCAAGCCAGGAACAGGGGCUGGAAUGGUGAUCCAUCGUGGUGGAGGCAAGUUCCUGCUCAUCGGCUGGGGUUUUCAGGUCAGAGCAAAGGCAUUGGGUCAGGGCACUAACUUCACCGGUAUUCUGACGUUUGAGGAGAAGAUUGUUGAAGACGAAGGGGCCGGCCGCCUGAAAACAAGUCGUGUGUUGAACGGGGAUGAGACGAGGAGCGGCAAGUUCGCAAUGAUGCCUAAUGAGGACCCAGAUUACGGUGGCUUUCCCAUCUCCGUCACCAUCCCGGCCAGGACGAUGAUUGCAGAGGUUACUUUUUACUCUUUGUCUAACUAG